AUGGCUGCGCCCUGCCUACGGCUUGGAAUGAAGCAGCUCUUUAAGAUGCCGGCGGCAAUGGGGCACCAAGGCCGAGCUUACAGCACGUCCCAGACUUUUGCUGAGGUACUACGGCUGCCGAAGAAGCAGCUGACCAAGCUAGUGUACCCACUGCAGGAACUCGAGCAGCACCUUGUUCCGGACUCAAUGCCCGACCUUCACCUGAGGGUCUUCGACCCUAGCCUGGAGGAUAUCUCGAGAGCGGAGAGUGUUUUCGCUUCCUCCGCCCGGAACCGUAUUGAGUACAUCAGUUCCGCUGUGCGGCUAGAUCACGCUCCGGACCUCUCCCGACCUGAGGUAUGUUUUAUAGGCAGAAGCAAUGUUGGAAAAUCGUCCCUAAUAAAGGCUUUAUUUUCACUGGCCCCGGAGGUUGAAGUUAGAGUCUCCAAAAAACCGGGUCAUACAAAGAAAAUGAAUUUUUUCAAAGUUGGAAAGUAUUUUACAGUGGUGGACAUGCCAGGUUAUGGCUAUAGAGCACCAGAAGAUUUUGUUGACAUGGUAGAGGCCUAUCUAAAAGAACGAAGGAAUUUGAAGAGAACAUUUUUAUUAGUGGAUAGUGCCGUUGGAAUUACAAAAACAGACAAUAUUGCCAUAGAAAUGUGUGAAGAAUUUGCAUUACCAUAUGUGAUGGUAUUAACAAAAAUUGACAAAUCUUCCAAAGGACAUCUUUUAAAACAAGUACUUCAGAUCCAGAAAUUUGUCAACACUCAAACACAAGGAUGUUUUCCUCAAUUGUUUCCUGUAAGUGCUGUGACCUAUUCUGGAAUCCAUCUGCUGAAAUGUUUUAUAGCUAAUAUAACAGGAAAUCUUAACUAAUGGUAUCCAUUAGUUUCAAAGAUGAAGUUUCAAAAUUCUGUGUGCCACUAGAGUUCAACAUCUAGAAAAAUUUCAAUAUUGUUUUAAAUGUUGUAUAUCUGUAACUUGCAGGAGGAUCACUUCAGGGGAUGCAAGCUUUAAAACUUGCAUCUUCUCAAAAUAAGAAUGAAUUGGUGCCUGGGGGACAAAGGGUUUAUAAAUAAUUAUCUGCUCAGUAGAACAAAUGCUAGUUGCUUUUCCUAUUUUAACAAACUGACAAGCAAGAGCAUAUUUUUAAAAAUCCAUAAAAUGAAAACGUAUUACUACUAUGUAGAGAAAGGUUUGCCAUGUUAUUUAUUGAGCUUAUCUUUUAAAGAAAAUGUCUAUCAUGUAUAUUUUUUUAAUAUUAAAAUGGACUAAAUAAAAGUAGCUGCUUUUCUGUUAA